AAAGAGACACGCGCCACAGAUGAAUCGGAAUGAGAAAGAGCAUGCCGAUCGAUCAGAAAUCAGAUGAUACAGACGAUAAAGCCGCUUUUGCAUUGGAGCCCAGCCGUAGCCAUACAACCCUAGAACACCACCAGCACCAACACGCUUCGAUUCACACAGCAGCAGCAGCAGCAGGACAGCGAGUAGUGAGCUAGCUCGAUCGCCGCGAUGCGGGCGGGGGGAUACACGGUUCACCAGUCGCUCACCGCCGAGGCGGCCGCGGUGCUCAAGCUCUCGCUUGGCCUGGCGCGCCGCCGCGGCCACGCUCAGGUCACGCCGCUGCACGUCGCCUACACGAUGCUCGGCGGCGCCUCGUCGUCGUCCCCGGCGCCGCUCUUCGCCACAGGCGCCUCCACGCCGGCGUACGGCCUCUGGCGCGCCUGCGCCAGAAUCCACACGGGAGGCGGCGGUGCCCGCGGCGCGCCGCCGUACCUCUCCCAUCCGGCUCAGUGCCGGGCGCUGGAGCUCUGCUUCAACGUCGCCCUCAACCGGCUCCCCACGGCCAAUGCCGUGGCGGGUUCGCCACUCUCGUCGCCUUCCUCGUCCUCGGCGUCGUCCACGCCCUUCGCCGCGUCCAUUUUCCACCAGCCCAGCCCGACGCUGUCCAACGCGCUCGUCGCCGCGCUCAAGCGCGCGCAAGCCAACCAGCGCCGUGGCUGCGUCGAGCUGCAGACCCAGCCGCCGUCCACCUCCCCGCAGCAGCAGCAGCAGCCUAUGCUCAUGAUCAAGGUCGAGCUGGACCAGCUCAUCAUCUCCAUCCUCGACGACCCCAGCGUGAGCCGAGUGAUGAAGGAGGCCGGCUUCUCCAGCGCCGCCGUCAAGACCAACCUCGAGGAGGAGACCGCCGCCAUGAUGCUCGGCCCCGGCCACCACCGCAGCACCUCGACACCAUCAUCCUCCCUCGAGCCGUGUGGCUACGGCGGCGGCGCGUCGUGGCCGGCGCCGUUCUCAAACUACCGGCCCGACGUCGAGCUCGAGUCUCCAUGCAAGGAGGAGGACGUGAGGGCGAUCCUGCAAGUGAUGUCGCGGGCGCACGGGAGAAGAACCAACCCCGUGGUCGUCGGCGACUCGGUGUCCGUCGCUGAGGCAUUGGUCGCCGCGCUGGUGAGCCGCCUGGAAGGAGGAGGCGACAUCCCCGACGAGCUCCGCGGCGCGCGCGUCCUCCGGCUCCACCUCUCCCACGCCCACGUCCGGCUCAUGGCCGAGGCCGACGUGGACACGUGCGUGGCGGACCUGCGCCGCCGCGCCGUUGCCGCCAUGGCCGCAGCCGGAGGCCUGGUCAUCGACGUCGGCGACAUGCGCUGGGCCGUCGACGGCGGCGACGACGACGAGGCCCGCGCCGUGGCGACGUCCGGUGGCUUCAGCCCCGCAGCGCACCUGGCCGCCGAGCUGGUGCGCCUGGUGGGCGAGCUCCGCGCCGCGUCACGCGGCGGGCGCGCCUGCUGGCUGGUGGCGGCCGCAAGCUACGGGACCUACAUGCGGUGCCAGCAGCGGUCGUCCCUGGAGGCGACGUGGGCGCUGCAGCCGGUGGCCGUCGCCGGCGGCGCCGGAGCCGGCCUCAGCCUGGCGCUCGGCCCACGCGCCGCAACAAGCAGCCAAACGGACGGCAAGGCUGCCCAACUUGCUAAGUUUCCACUGCUGGAUUACUCACCCGGAGAAGAGGAUGGCGCGCCGGUCCUGUGCGACAAAUGUGCCAGGAGCUACGAGACUGAAGCAUCAGCUGCGAGAGCAAAGGCAGAAGGUACCAAACUUGCGCUGACCUUCGUCCCUGGCUGGCCGCAGGCAGACGAGCCGCAAACGUCGCACAAGGAUGAUCUGAUGUAUCUGAAGAGGAAAUGGAGCAGAUUGUGCCGGAGGGUUCACUCGCAGUGCAGGCAGGCGACUCGCCCGCCCAAUGCAACCACCUGUUCCCGCGAUCUGGGCCUCUGCUUAAGCUUUGAGACGAAGGAGAUCAAGCACAAGGAUGUGAAGACCACGCUCAAAUUGUUCCCUCCUGGCUCCGCUGAUCCGUCGAACGAGGUCCACUGUCACAGGAGUGAGGACACGGACGCAAAGCAAGCAACAACACAAGAAUCGGAGCCGAUGGUUGAUUCCAGGGACAUGAAGAAUGCUUUGCAGCUGUGGAUCGAUGAGUUGCCGUUCGGCGAUCUCAAGAGGAAGGCCGGCAAUGUUCAGUUGCCGAGGGAAUCCAAGCGCUGGAGGGGCGGUUGCAGCCUUGAUCUGAACCUAAGUGCUGACGACGAGGAAAAUCAGGACGGUGACUAUACCAGCAGUGAAGAAGAUGAGCUCGUUCCAAGCGACUUGACAAAUGACGGCGAAGGCAGCGGUGAUGUGUCUGACAGCCUGGGCAGCCAUUGUUAGGCUGUGGGCUUGGAUCGCCGAGCGAUGGCUCCCUCCGAUCCAUAGUGGUAGGGACGCCGGAGACGGAGGCAGCUCCUGGACAAGAGGAGGUGGUCGUUGCCUCUCUUGCAACGUUCAAACUUUAGAAUUGGCGGGAGGGAAGGUGGGGAUGAAGCAGGAUGGUGGUGCUACCAGUCUGGAAUUGUGGGCUGCUCGGCGUCUAUGCACCAACGGAGCCCACCCAGGCACCCACCAUGUGGGCUGCGCUUGGCUCUCAAUUUUUGUCUGUUGCGGUAUCUUUGUAAAAUUGGCGUAGACUAAAUACAGGUAUUUGGCAUCUAGUAGUUGUUAGUACUUCUAUUUCCAGCGAACAAGUAUACUUGUUCUAUCCAUCAAUUUUUGGGGGGUUUUGGCGUUCAUGCCCCUGUUUUGAUGGGUAAUA